UUUUGCUGUAUUUUGGUUGUUUCCCCUAUCAAUACGUUGACCUUGCACGAAUCGGGAACCAAAAAACUCACAGACUAGUUCCACAAAAACAUUCUUAGAAUUAGUGACAGUUUCUUUCCGACCUAAUACUUCGUACUGCACAGAUAUCCAGGCUAUGGGCAUCAUAUGGCUCCACCUUUCAACAACAGACGCUUGGCAUACAACACCAACUAAGAUAUCUACAACACAUUAGCUUUCUGUAUGUUCCUAAGAUGGACGAGACGACGCUGAAGCUGGUUGGCACGGGGACUGUGGUUGCCACGGCAGCAGCCUGGUUCCUGUGGAGGGGUCCACCAAAGUUUAACCCCAGUGUAGACUUUACUGACCAAACCCAUGAGGGUCCAGAGAAGUCCAAGAUCAGCAAAAAAGCGGAGAAAGGUUUAGCAGUUUGUUUUGAUGAAGAAGAAGUGAAAACGCUGCAUGAUGCUUUUAAGCGAGGGGCUCGAAUUUCUAAUAAUGGCAAAUGUUUGGGAUGGAAGCCAUCUCCCAAAGAACCUUUCAAAUGGAUCUCGUAUAAUGAUGUACUGACUCGUGCCAGUAAUGUUGGGGCGGGGCUGAUCUCCCUGGGUCAGGCCGCUAGCAAUAAAACCCAUAUUGGUAUUUACUCACAGAAUAAUGCUGAGUAUUUUAUAGCAGAGCAGGCCAGUUACAUGUAUUCCAUGUGUAUCGUCCCGUUGUAUGACACACUGGGGUUGGAGGCGUGCAACCAUAUCAUCAACCAAGCGGAGUUAUCUCUGAUCAUCUGCGACAAGAAUGAGAAGGUCAAGAGCCUCUUGGGUCGUAUGUCGGACACGCCCAACCUGAAGAUCUUGGUUGUCAUGGAAACGCUUAAUGAGGAAAGUCAGACUCUGGCCACGAAACACCAGGUCAAACUCCUGCAGUUUACAGAUAUGGAGAAAGCUGGUGAAAGUGCUCCACAACAACCUAAACCUGCCGGCCCAGAUGACCUGGCGGUGGUGUGUUACACCAGUGGGACUACGGGGCUGCCUAAGGGUGCCAUGUUGACCCAUCGUAACUGCCUAGCACCUGUACUGGCCUGUACAAACCUGUUUAAUACCAACAACUUGGUUGUGACUGCUGAUGACACAUUAAUAUCAUACCUGCCAUUGGCUCACUCCUAUGAACGACUUUGUGAGGCUUGCAUGUACACAUGCGGCGGGAAGAUUGGGUUCUUCCAGGGUGAUGUACGUACGCUACUGGACGAUAUCAAGGAGCUACAGCCCACUGUGUUCCCAUCUGUACCCAGACUUCUCAACAGGGUCUACGACAAGGUGAUGGCAGGAGCUGGAGCCAGUGCUAUCAAGUCACGCAUGCUGAACAUGGCGCUGGCCUCCAAAGAGAAGGAGAUCAAGAGUGGAGUGAUCCGUAAGGACUCCUGGUGGGACAAGCUGGUGUUCAGCAAGGUGCAGGCCACGCUGGGCGGGAAGGUGCGACUCCUGACCACUGGGUCGGCCCCACUCUCUCCCAAGAUACUCAUGUUCCUGAGAUGUUGUGUGGGUGCACCGGUGCUGGAAGGCUAUGGUCAGACAGAGUGUGGAGCCAUAUGUACCCUGCAGACGCCUGGUGAUGGAGAGAUUGGCAAUGUAGGUCCCCCACUGCGCUGCAACUACAUUAAAUUGGUGGAUGUCCCUGACAUGAACUACAAUGCAUCUGACGACAAAGGAGAGGUGUGCAUCAAGGGGUAUAAUGUAUUCAAGGGCUACCUUAAGGACCCAGAGAAGACAAAGGAGGCUAUUGAUGAAGAUGGUUGGCUGCAUACAGGUGAUGUGGGACAGUGGCUACCAAACGGCUGUCUGAAGAUCAUAGACAGGAAGAAGAACAUUUUCAAGCUGGCCCAGGGCGAGUACAUCGCCCCUGAGAAGGUGGAGAACGUGUAUGUGAGGUCCACGCAUGUGGCUCAGGUCUUCUUACAUGGAGACAGCUUGAAGGCGAGCGUGGUGGCAGUGAUUGUGCCUGAUCCGGACACCGUCCUGAAGUUUGCCAAGGAAAAAAUGAACCUCACUGGUACCAUGGAGGAACUUUGUAGGAACGCUGAGUUGAAGAAAGUUAUUCUGGAUGACAUCACAGCGGUUGGAAAGAAGGGGGGACUGUCCUCAUUUGAACAGGCGAAGGACAUCUACUUACACCCGGAGUUGUUUUCCGUAGAGAACGGUUUACUGACACCAACGUUCAAGGCAAAACGCAACGAGUUAAAGGUCCUGUUCAAGCCACAGAUUGAGGAGAUGUACAAGAAUCUGCCAUAGAACUGUCCUCUUUCAAAUGUGCGUGUGUCAUUUGUGUGCAUUGUCCAUGUGUCUAUCGUGUCUGUUUACAACAUGCGUGUGUAUGGGUGUACAAGGGGUUCGCAUGUCAGCGAAUGUUAGAUGAUUGUCAUCCAGAGGAUAUAAGUUUCUUUAAUUGGUUUUAUUGUUAAAAUGUUAUGUUAAGUGGGAAUGUUAUGUUCUGAUAGUUAUUGUGUUGUUUUCUGAAUUGUUAACUGAGAAAAAGUGCUAUUUUGUUCUAUCUGUUAUUCCCUGCUAAACAUCUCUUGGGCUUUGCAUUUUCUCAAAUUGAAAGUGUCCAUUAAUUUGGUGUUUAUUCAUUUAUAUAUGUGCCCAACAAAGUUAUUUUACUGAAAUGCAAGUAAAUAAUACAUUUAAAUUGAGCCUUUUAAUCUUGAUUGAAGGCAUUAAUGGAUGUGUGUAGUUGGUAUUAUUUUAAAGGGAUAGAAAUAAUUAUUAGGUCAAUAUGCAGUUAUUCCAUACUAAUGGAACUAAAAUAUAAUGUAUGUGAAGAAGAAAAAGAUCUGGUUUUAUAAGUAAGACAAAUUGUUGGUUCUUUAGAUUUACUAUGGCUAUGCUAUGAUUGCUCAAUGCAUAUAUUUGUAUUUUCUUAUCCAAUAGACUUAGUUGAUUAGUCAUCCAUGACGUAUCAAUGAAGAAGACAAAUUUGUGGCAAGUGUUUUGUUUUGCGGUCAUAUGACAAGUAUAAGUUUAUAAUAUCUUAAAUCAUUUCAAUUAAUUCAAAGUUUGCAAUAUGCCUUUUUUAUAUUAAACAACAUGAGCACAAUGUCAUGGAAUAAUGAAGAUAAAUAUAAGGAUUGUUUAAAGUUUUAGUGAACCCUUUCCCAUUCAAAAGCAAAGUGAAAAUGGCUAUGUGCAAACAGCAUAAAACCAGAACAGCCUGGGAGUAACUUGCAGCCUGUUCAGGUUCAGUAUCUAAGGGUUAAAAAUGAAGCCUUAUAAACUUGAUUUUAGUAAGAAAGGUAUUUAGUUAUUCCCCGCCAUAGGCGGAGGUAUAUUGUUUUGGCGUUGUCCGUCCUGCCCUCCGUCCGUCUGGCACUUUUGUGUCUGGAGCCAUAUCUUGGAAGUGCUUUGGCAGAUUUCCUUGAAAGUUGGUAUGAGUAUGAGUAUAUAUAUGGAUGAGAGGAUGAUGCACGCCAAAUGGCAUUGUACACCAUCGAAUAAUAACGGAGUUAUGGCCCUUUAUAUUUUGAAAAAAUGCUUAUUAUGUGUGUCCAGAAGUAUAAUGGCGGGGGAUAUCAAUUCAACGAAUUUGCUUGUUAAAUGUAACUUUCUUAGGGACUACACAUGCGUCAAAAUACAUAUCUAUGUGGUAAAGGGUUAAGUAUAAGGCUAACUCAAAAUGGUUCUGAGCUGUGCUCAUUUGAAAGUGAAUAUGCUACGGUGCACAAAGGCGUCAACAUGCUGCUAUUAAUUAUAUGCGGAAACUAGGGUACUGCAAAGUUUGAGGUCUGGAUGUAAAUAUAUAUCAGAAUAUAUUACAAAGUAUGUCGCAAUGCAUGUUACACUGUACUCCAUAGAAAAUUGUAUUAAAGACCAUCAGUUUGAAUGUUCACUUUCUUUAUGAGAAUACUGGCAACAAUUUUUGAUUAAUUUGUAUACCAUGUAUUUCAAAGUGGCAUUUGACAAUUGCAUUGAAUAAAAGGACGUUGUAAGAAAUGUAUCUAGUAAUAUGUUUUUGAUUUUGUAGUGAGCUCACUAAUCUGAGUUGUGUGUCAUAGACAAUAUAUAGGGACCAUCCAUAUUACAGCUAGGAAAUUAUCACAAUUACAUAGCUACUUUAUACCAUUCAUAGACUUUUAGAUUGUGGAUAUCUCACUUAUGUGUUAUUUUAUCAUUCAUGGUGCCAUUUGAACCCUUUCUCGCGUAGAAGCAAAGUGAAAAUGCCUAUGUGCGAACAGCAUAAAACCAGAACAGCCUUCGAGUAACUCGCUGUCUGUUUAGGUUUUAUGCUGUUUGCUGCUCAUCAGUAUCUAAGGUAUGGAAAUUAAGCCUAAAAAACUUGAUUCAAAUAUGAAAGGUUUUAACUAAAUAUAACGUUCUUAGGGACUACAAAUGUGUGAAUAAGUGGUAAAUGGUUAAAUAACUUACCACAAAUGUUCACCAUGUGUAACAUUUGUAACGCUAUCUCAAAGGUCAAGGUCCCACUAAGAGGUCAAAGUCACAUUUUGCCAUUUAACAGCUUGUCAAGGCAGUUACUUGCAUUCAUCAUUCAAUUUGUCAAGAACUUUCUGAGUAUAUCUCACUCAAAUCUAUUAAACUGUUAUCCUCUACUAAUUCUUGUAUGACUAUGGGAUACAUACUUAUUUUCCCUAAAUCUAAGUUACUUGUUAAACCACAUAUGAGUGUUAGCUGCAGAUUUAAGACUCCCGGUAUGAAUAGAAGGCUUGUCUUAAUUUGUAUGCACAGAAUUUGGUGACAUCUAAUAAAUAUUUCAUCUUGCUUAUUUGUAUAUAGUAUAUGUAAAUAGCAGCACACAUUUCUGAUACAAUUAUCAAAUGGAAAACAAAAAAACACGUAUUCUAUCAUGUGUUGUUUUUUCGAUGCAUCCUUUUUUAUAUUGUAUCUGUCACUAAGUGUACACUGUUUACUACACAUAUUUAUUGAUGUAUCAGUUUUGUUAACGAAGGAAUUAGUUUUGUUUCUUUAUAUAAUAUACACAUACUUUUAAUUGUAUUUUUCAAUAUAUAUUGUACAUGAAAACGAUGUAGGGUGAUAUCAUAAUAUGGAUUACUAAUGUAUCAUAUCUGACUUGAGAUUAAAUUGGUGUAUUCUAUAGACAUGUACAAUUGUUUGUCUGUAAAUUAUCAGUGUAUUUUUUUUAAUCACCAACUGAAUAAUACACAUAUUUGAUACACAGGGUGAUUAUUGUAUUCAUGUUUUAAUGUCCAGCAUAUGAAAAAUUGUUAUGAACACAAUCGUUUGUGUUAUCUUAACAAUGAAUAAUUCAACAAAUUUAACAAAAAAGAGUGAAGAAAACAUUAUUUCAUUAUUUUCUCAUACGUCUUUAUAAGAAUUUACAGGUUGUUAGAAAACACCAUUUCUGUUGAUUCUAGAUGUUUGAAAAAACACAUUUUUUAGACAACUCAUAAUAGCUUAAUUUACUGAAUCAUUUGUUUUUCUUAGCAUAUUAUUCCUCUUUUAGGAAAUGACGACAUUUAUGGUUCCAAAUUGAACUUAAUUGAUUAUUUGUUUGUAAUAUAGCAUAUAUGCAAAUACCACUGUGGAAAUAAAUUUUUGAUACCGGGAAUAAAUAAUUUAUCACCAUCGUUUUGUGCUGUAUAGUUGCUUGCCCAGCUGAUGUUAUUGUUAGUAACUGUGGCCAGGAAACAGCAAUGAUCUCCAAAUUUCAAAUUUAAAACUUACUCAUGUAGUAUGCAAUCGCUGUACUAGAAACUAAGAAUAGUAGCUUUUUGUAAAACGCCAGAAACAAGCAUCACACUUGAGUAUCCCAGUAUCAUGUUUUUGUUUGCUGUCAAUUUAACAUUUUACAACAGGCUUUGCAUUCAGUGUUGUGUUGCUACUCGCUAGAGUUAAUCUCGGUUCUUUAUGUUAUCUCGUGUACCCGUGUUUUCGGGGCUUCAUAUAGUCAUGUGCGACCUGGCUUUCAUCGCUUCAUGUUAUCUUAUGUUCCUGGGCUCUUAGUGCUUAAUUUAGUCAUGUGUUCCUUGGGUGUUGAUGAAAUUUGCUUGACUUUCAAAUAAACAAUACAUUUUUAAUUAUGA